CUAUACAUAAAUGGUGACGUCACUACGUUAUCAGUAAGACCGGUGUGACACAAUGAACAAAGCGGAUAGAACAUGUGGACACUAUUCAUGUAAGAAGAUCGUGCAUUGAGUUGACCUCAUUAAAGCUGUUGAGCAACAGGGAGGUCACACACUCGAAAUAAACAUGGAGAUUCCAGAGCACUUCACAGCAUUGUCUAUCCGGAUGUCGGAAGCACUUGAUGACAGUGGAGCCGGAAAGCAUACCAUUAUGGAGCGGAGACGUACUUUUAUGUGGAGGGAAAGCAUGGAGAUGAUACUAUACCAAGCAAAUGGAAUAAACAAUGAGUGUUUUCAUUUCGGGAGCCAGUCCGAAGGGACCACCACGCCCGGUCUCAAUUCUGAUAUUGAUUUCCUUAUCAGUUGCAACAAAGUGAAUACCAUGGCAGUCUGGGGAGACUGGGAGGCUGGGAUGUGGAACCUUCUGAUGCUUCAGGAGGAGGACAUCAAUCCACCUCAACAGUAUUUGCUACAAUAUUUUAGAAAAUACACACCGGAACCGGAGACUCUCUUGUUGCACGACCAGUAUGUAAUGAAAGAUACUGUGCAAGUUCUGUUGAGCUCUGAACGAUGGAAACAGGACAUCGAGUUUCAUCAUAAAGAUCAUGGAGAGGUACAUGUAACCAAGUGUGGCCCUUCUGUGAGCUGUAUACCUAACUGGGAUGUGGUAUUCGCAAUUCCUGUAUGCAAACCUCUUCCUGAAAUACAACACUGGAUAGACAGAUGUAGAGGUAGACACUGGCCGCCUGUCCAGCUACUGGAGGCUGCACAGGUAGCUCCUUGUUUCCUGGUACCUGCCGGUCAUCCGGACAGUGAUUACAAGCGCGAAGAAUGGCGAGUGUCUCCAAACCUUAUAGAACGAAUGUUGAUGUUUAGCUUUAAUAUGACACAAAUAAGAUGUUAUAUUGUUUUAAAAUUAAUUAAAAAAUCGUUAUUUGCUAAAAUUGUGGGAGAUUCUCUAACAAGCUUUCAUUGUAAAACUAUAAUGUUUUACUGCAUAGAACGGACACAACCGUCUCUGUGGUUCGAACAUAAUCUUAUGUUUCUACUUCGCUUUUGUUUACACGUAUUAAAAAAAUGCCUGCAAAUGGGAAGGCUCCCUCAUUAUAUCAUAGAAGGGGUGAACUUGUUCGAUGGUAAGCUCUCUAAGGUGAAGCAGAGACGCCUUUUAGUGUAUAUAGACUCCAUGAUUAGAAGCAACUUACAAGAUGUAUUUUAUAUAGGUAUAGAUACUUUAGGGUGUCGGUUGCAAGCGUGUGGUAUAUUGCGGAUUGGACAAGAUGUAGAACUUGGACGUGCAUGCUUACGAAACAGUAUCAGCUUAUUGUUGAAAUUCGAGUGCUUGAAUUCGUUUCUCGGAGUUAUAACAGAUCAAAUGAAAAGGUUUAAUACAAACUUUGACAAAACUAUACAAAACAAAUUACGCAAUGUUUUUGAAUACUCUACGAAUGUCAGAUUGAAAUCCGUUGUUUUAGAAUUUGUUAAAAACCUUUUCUCAUUACAAAAUUCUAUGCAAUCAUCCUACAUUUUGCGACUUAGAAACUCUGUUUACAACGAACUUAUAAGACGUUUCCAAUAUUCCUUACAAACUGAUGUGGCUUCUAAGCGCUUAAAGUUGGCGUCUCUAUUGUACGCAAGUGGGCACCUUCACUCGGCAGUAAGAGUGUUGGAGGACGUGGAGAAGAGGUAUCACAGGAAGGUGAAGUCUGUAUGUUCCUGUAGACAUAUUAAAGGAGAUUGUGAUCUCCAAGUUUUUGCUAGCAUGAAAUUAGAAAAGUGUGACAACGUAUUUAAUGAACCGCCGUUCGCGUUCUGUGUCAUGUUUGUAAGACAAGAAAUGUACUGCGCUCCAUACAUAUUGUGGUUUGAAAUGAAUCGCAACAUAGCAGAAGAGGAAGUUGCACAGAGAAAUCCUUUAGAGAAACAAUGGAUGGACAGGGCUGAGGUUGAUGCGCGUCCGUUCUUAUACUAUCUACAGUACCUCACGUAUGGAGGACUUGGUGAACGUUACAAACAACUACACGCGAUGGAAGAACUCGAUUCUUAUACUUGUAUUGGUGAUGAAAUGAGAAUGAUAAAUCUGUAUCACCCUGAGACGUCACUGAACUUGCUAGGUCACUGCUAUGAAAUGGAAGGAAACUUUCAAGGGGCAUUACAUUACUACGAAGAGUCAUUGAGCUGGGCCGGUACGAACAAUGCUGCUAACUGGCAUGUGCAGCGUGUGCAGCGUCUUAUAAGUAUUUAAAAAUAUGAUAUAAACAGUUAUCGUGUUCAUGAUAUUAAAAAAAAACUACCGGUACAUGUACACACAUUAUCAGGAUAAAAGGUUUGUGAUGAUUUUUUUGCUAUGUUUCAUGUAUUCAAUCGUAUUCACUAUAAAGAAACACAAUAUAUAUGUUUAUGUAUAUUUAAAAUUAUUAUUACACUUUUAUAAUUUUUCUGAAGAGCAAGAACUAAGUUAUAAAUGGUCUGUACUACAGUUGUUAUUUCAACAGGUGGAUUUAGCGCCCUUCAAGGAAAGUGUUAUUUUGAUAUUGUCAUAUAUGUUCAUGACCCAAUGAAAUUGACAACAAUGUGCUUACAUUAGUUAAUUAGUUGAAAUUAAGUGUUGUAAAAUAGAUUUAUAUCAUAUUAUUAACAAUGAAAAUGUGACAUUUUAAUCACGAUAAUGGAGUUCACUUUAUGGUGACAAAGAUGGUUAUUUUAGAGCUUGAAAGAAAUGAAGACAGUACAAUUCCUUUUUUGUUUGUCCUUAUAUGAUGAUGUACAUUGUUUGGUUAUAUGUUUAAAUAAAUAAAUCUGAACUAUUUUUGCAGCCUUCUGUUACAAUUGAUUAU